AUGGCAAAAUAUAAGCAAGGUAAAAAUGCGAAAUAUGCCGAGAACGUUAUCGAUGACGACGACGAUGGGAUGCCAAUUGUGGCUCGGAAGGUCUGCGAAACUACGAAAGAAAUCGAUCAGCCGAUCCAUGCGUCAACAUUCACACUUGAUAAGAAGCCGUUCUGUGCUAUUAACGCUGAUCUUGUGCCCGCGUUCAUAGAUGAUCCGAAGGAAUUUUUUGAUGAAUUCGGAUUCCGGAAGAAGGACGAUGCCCAAAGUUCGGCUACUGCCGAUGACGAGAUUGAGGACAGUGGUCAUAGGAUGCGAUUCUUAGCUGCCAUCGAAUUUGCUCACUCAAACAUGAAGGAAGAGCUAGUGUGGUCGAAGCUGAAUGUCGAUUCGUUAUAUACGGAGAAGGUUGAGGAACUAAUUAAAGCCGGAGGUAUUCCUCAUUCCAUGCGACCUUAUCUAUGGCCACGAUUUGCUGGUGCUACUAAAAAACGCGCUGUCGCUGGUUAUUCUUACGACGAGGUCUUGCGGCAAUCUGCUCAGGAUAAACCGUCUAUAGGAGUCCAGAUAGAGCGUAGCCUAUUGAGAACACUCCCAAAUAACAUUUGCUUCUGGAAGAAAAAUGGUGCUGGAAUCGACGCGUUAAGGAGAGUUCUGAAAGCUGUUGCUUUCAUAUAUCCUGAUCUUGGCUUUUGUGAAGGCAUGGGAGUUAUCGUAGCUAUGCUUCUAUUGUUUUGUUCCGAGGAGACAACAUUCUGGAUGAUGACAGCUCUGAUCGAGGAUAUUCUACCUCCAAACUACUACAGUCAGACGCUUUUAGGCGUUCAGGUUAUUAUUUCAAUAAUGAAAAUGAAAGAAGACGAAAUUGUCGAGCUUGGAAGGAGUUCCAUGUCGUCUGCUGACCUAUUUAAUGCCAUCAGUCAACUGCCACAAACUGGUGACAACGAUCCGAAACUGAAAAAUGUCCGUCAAACAGAAAUUCUUGUGGACUUAAAGGACUCGGUGCUUCAAAUCUGUCGCUAUUUUAUCAGCUGCGACGAGAAAAUGGAGAUGAAUAUAUCCACCAAGGCUGACUAUAGUCCAGAGUCACAUGCUCAUGAUAUAGAAAACUUUCUGGCUGGUCGACGGGAAGGUCAUAAGAGAGCCAGAGCAUUGCUCGACUUUGCCCGUCAAGAUGAGGAUGAGUUGGGAUUCCGGAAAAACGACCUCAUCACGAUAAUAUGCGAGAAGGACGAGCAUUGUUGGGUUGGUGAAGUGAACGGACUUCGUGGAUGGUUUCCGGCGAAAUUCGUCGAGGUCGUUGACGAGCGAGGCAAGAACUACACUGUGUAUGGCGACGAGGCAGUAUCACCCGAAAUCACUGAGUAUAUUCGAGGCCGAUUAGCCAAUAGCUUCCGACAGGUCAUGGAUCAUGGAAUUAUGGAAAGUAAGACAUCGCUUACUUACUCUGUGGAGAAGCACUUCAAUUCUGUGUACUCUCGUCUGACCCUAUGCAACACCUUCAAACUGGAUCAGGAUGGCAAAAUACUUACACCAGAGGAGCUAUUGUUCCGAUCCGUUCAGCUCAUCAAUGACUCCCACAAUGCUGCCAACGCUCAUCCAGACGUGAAGCUGAGAUCAUUGCUGGUACUUGGCGUCAACGAGCAAUGUUUACAUCUGUGGUUCGACUUGUUAUGCUCAUCAGAAAAUCAAGAAGCAAUACGUUGUAAAUACUAUCAUCCAUGGGCCUUUAUACGUACUCCAGCAUGGCGACAGAUAAAGUGCGAUUUGAGACUCCUGAGCCAGUUCUCGUUCAAUCUCAGUGUCGACUUCGAGAUUGAAGGAAUUGAGAAGAAAAAGAAGAAGGCCGGUGCAGGAAUGAUGUCAAGUGCCAAAAAGAAGAUGCUGUCCACAGUGAUGGCGGGUGAAUUGAAACCGAAUGGUGAAGAACCGCUGAAGAAAGGUGUGACGGAUAUGCUCAUCAAGCAUCAUUUGUUCAGUUGGGAUUUAUGA